AUGAGGACGAUAUUUCUACUUCUUCUCAUGACAGCUAUGUUCAUGAGCGCCCGGAGCCCUGUGAGAUUUAUCCAAAGACUCAAAUUGAUUGUAUAUAUUUUCAGAUGCCUAAACCAUCAGUCGCAGGUAUGCAUUGGAUUUCUAUCAAUUUUUGUAACGAUCUUGAAUCUGUCUGACCUGUCUGCGCUCUCUUACGCCUCGCCGUUCAGCUCGUCUAUGAGCAAAACGGAAGUUUCUUCAAAACUUCGUCAUUUUUCCGAGAAAAAAUUUGGCAAAAAAUAAUUACACCAAAAAGGAUUCGAACCAGCAUCAUAGGUUCCACAGCACAGGGCUGCUACCCACUACACCACGACUCCAGGUGACAGGAGGGGUUAGCCGGCGCGAGAUAUUCCACUCAACCAUCCAAUGCAUUUAUCGCGUGCAAACUUCGAGAUGCCAUAACUCGACUAGAACGCAAAAUGCGCACUUUUUUUCAACUUUUUUGGAUUCAUGGCGUUCGAAAGUACCUAUAUACCAAGUUUCCUUAAAUUCCAAUACCUCGACCUUUUGCACUUCGCGUGUAAGGAUCCUCAGAAGAAGUUGAAAAGGUUCUGCCGAAAACUCCUUUUGUGGAGAACAGUCUUUUAAGCUCCUUUUUUGCAGCCUCAGAGGAUCCUUUUUAAAUCCCCGUUUUAGUUGCUUUCCAGCAUCUUUACGACAAAGUAAGUGAAAAAAUGAACCAUGAAAAAUGUGUUGAAAAAAUUUUUACCUAAAGAAGAGAGGGCGCAGACAUGACAGAUUGUUCUAAGGAUGAAUUAUAUUUCGACAAAAAACCCAAGGUUUUCAGAUAAAUGCUGCGGUGUUAUCAUAUCAAUCAAAAACAACGGAAGCUUGUCCUCCAUCCCGAAAACCUGCCUCAACACUACUUGCACUGAGAAGAAAAUCGAGCUUCACGACUUUUUCACGAAUUUACCGAUUUUCACGAAUUCUACAAAUUCUACAAACUCUACGAAUGUCACGAAUUCAACGAAUUCAAAAAAACCAACUGAAAAAUUGCUGAACAACUUCGUCGUGGCUUCGUUAAUCUACAUCGAAAAUUCUCAUUCGAAUUUGUCGAUUUUCGAAAACUUGGAGCGCAUCGAGACAAACGUAUCCGGUAAUUUGACCAUUUUUUCAAUUGAGGUUUUAAAAAAGUCUUUCUUGAUGAUAUCGAACCUCAAAUGAAUUGUAAAACCCUCAAAUGAAUUGUAAAUAUUGAUGAAUAAGAAAAUUGCAGAUCAAGUUAUCAUCAAGAUCAAAAACGCGUCGCUCAGUUCCACAAGUUUUGCGAAAUUGGAAAAGAUUCACGUCGGGAAACUGAAAAAGUACUGCAAUAAGAAGGUCAAAAUAUUCGAGUACUCGAAAGAUCUCAACAAAAAAGUUGUCCAGAACAUUGAAAAGGCGGUGAAUAAGGUUUUUUCCCUACCUAUUUGUGAAUAAUCAGAUGAUUUUCUUGAGACUCUCUCACACUGUCCUGACAACUUUUUUUACGGAGACGAGAAAAAGACCGGAACCGCGCUUCUUGGUGGAAUGGGAGAGGGUGGAACAGGUAAUAAUAAUUUAUUAAUGCACAAGGUGAAAACAAAUUGGAGAACCGGAUUAAAGUCAUCCUCAGGAGUGACUUUAACGAAUGGAGUAGUUCUAUUUUUUAUAGCAUCGGAAGAGAAAUUUUAUGGUUCUGAACUUUCAUUAAACUAUUAUAUUAGUUUGAUAAAAAUUUCUUUUAGCUGAAAAUCGGAAUAUGUAUGCGAGCCAGGAACUUUUGAUUGAGGAUUCAUUGAGACUAUCAAGUUUAGGUUUCGUUGUCUUGCUCUACGCAGGCCUCGCUCUCUUCAUUAUUGUACCGUCGGCGUUCCUCAUCUGGAUGUACAUCAACAACAAAAACAGGAAGGCUAGAGUUCAAGAGGUUGGAAUUACGUUUCUGCUCCAAAUAGGCUUUUCUGCAGCUUCCACCUCCGGUCGUCGUCGAAGACACGAUCGGUCAGGACGAAAUCAAUACGAACACGAUGUUGAUCAGCCAGAUGACGGCCGCGAUGAAUGAAGAGAGGCUGAGGGAAGAGCAGUCGAAAGACGUGACGAGACAGGGCGAAGCGGAGGAGCAGCCGACUCAGCCCUCGAAGGAAGAUAUGAAGAGUACGACCAAGAAAAAGUCGAAAGACGGGAAAAAACUCGACGACACGUCGAAGAAGGUCAAGACCGCCAAGGAGAAGAAAGACGGGAAGACCAUCAAGGAAAAUAAAAGGAAGAAGAACUCGAAGGAAGUGACGACAAAGAGCGCCGAGAGGAUGAAGAAGAACUCGAAGGAAGCGACGAAGAGUAGCGAGAGGAAAAGGAAGAAGAACUCCAAGCCGAAGGAUGCGACCAAGAGUAGCGAGAGAAAGAAGAAGAACUCGAAGGAAGUCACCGCGAAAAGUGAAGAGAGAAAGAAGAACUCGAAGGAGAGUAUCGCGAACAGUGCCGAACGGAAGAAGAACUCGAACGGAAGCACCGCGAACAGUGCUGAACGGAAGAAGAACUCCAAGGAUAACACUGUAAAAAGUGUCGAGAGGAAGACGAAGCCCUCCGUCGAAGCCGUGCCGAAAAAGGAAGAAGCCCCGGAGAAUCCCAAAGAAGUUUCCGUGGACAACUCCAAGGAAGCGGAUAAAACGGUGGAACCGUAA